UUGGCUUUCCUGCAAGGUACACUACAGAGAAAGAAUAUCCCCUGGAUAAUAAUUUCACUGCCUCACAAGGAAAUCUCUCGUGCGUUUUAGAACAUCCGUGCUUCCGCAUUUCAAGAGCUUUUUAAUUCCCAAGUUUUUUCGGCUUCAAUUUGAGCUUUUACUUUAGAAAUGGUAGCCACAAAUUUUAUAACUCAUACUUUGACGAAAUCCGUCUUGCAGUGCUUUUGUAGGACCUGCCAAGUGCCUAACGUUGAAAAAAAAGUAAUCUCGCCACCUCCCCGUACCUCAUCUGCUGUUGUGAGAAGACCGCCAAAGAAGGUUGCGUUUCUGGCAACUGAAGUCAAGUGCUCUGAGCAAUCGAAAGGUGGCCUUAAAUAUGAGCUUGUUUUGCAGCCCCCCUCUGUGGAGUCCCCUAAGCAUGUUGCGUCUCAGUCACUACCCAAGUCCACUCUAUCCAUGGAAGACAUCGAAAAGAAACUCAAAGCUGCGGAAGAAAGGAGACAGUCUCUAGAAUUGCAGAAACUGAAUUAUGUUACUGAGAAACUUAGUCACUUGGAAGCAGUAAAUGCUAAGAAGGAAGAAGUGAAUUCAAAUUUCAUGCAGUCUACUAAAGAAAACUUGGAACAGAAGUUAGAAUCUUGGAAUAAGAACAGAGAAACUCACAUCAAAACAAUUCAGGAAAAAGCUAGAGAAAUAGUUCAGAAGGUUGAUGAAAAACGAAAGCAGGGUGAUUCUCCAGACAAGGAAGUGAAAUUGGAAGCUAUUAAUAAGAAGUUGAUGACUGCUCAGGAACAGCGUGAAGCUAAAAUAAACUCCCUAAAAGAGAAGCUAAGAGAGCAUGACAAGCAUAUUCUAGAAAUCAAGAAACAGAUGGAGGAACAGACUGAAAGUUUGCGAGAGAAAAGCACUAAGAAGUUAGAGGUAGCUCAAUCAAAUCGAGAUGCUGUAAUUAAGGAAAUCCAAGAAAAGUCAAAGGAACAUAUAUUCAAAGUACGUCAAAUGAAUGAGCUUAACCAGCUCGAGAUUGGAAGUAGAUUAAACCAGAUACAAAAUAAACUGACUAAUGCAGAACGUAAUCGAGCCAGUCAGGUUCAAGCUAUGUUGGAAAAAAUUCACGAGCAUGAGAGGCACUGCGAGGAAGUUCGCCAAAAAGCCCAUUCCAUCUCUGAAAAUGAAUGCAAGGAAAAUUUCUCUGGAUGAGUUGCCAAAACCGCUCUAACUUAAGCUCCUGUGGAAUCCAUUGAUUCUUUGAUUAAAGCGUUGAACUUUUUCUUUUGCAGGGGGAUAAUUUUACUUGCAAAACUUAUUUUUCUAUUUUAUUUUUGAUCAUUUUUAUUUCUUUGAGAAACAUUUAUUCAGUGUGUUAUUUACAUGCAUAGGGUAUCGAACAGGCAGAAUUGAACGAAAGAGAUCAAAAAAAUCUCUUUUCGUAGUCUAUUGCACAAAAAUUAGCUUCUUUUUAAAGCACAACUGCAGACAUGUUUUUAUAUAAUUAUACAGCUGAUGCUAAUGCAUAUAUCUGCAGUGCAGAUAAAUUGUGCAACUUUUACUGAUUUUAAAGUUUACGAUUUACUAAAUCUUACAAGUUUAUGUGAUAUUUUACUACACUCUCAUAUUUGCUAUUGUUAAAACUCCGUAUUAAUAACAUGUUAUUUGUUGCUACCGGUAUGCAAAUUUAAUUAGCUUGACAUGUUGAAUUAACUGCAAUGCCUCCUAUUACAUGUGCUACCUAAUUAUGCUAAUAAUCUCUGGACCAAUUUAAUAGAUUGUAGAUAAUGAAAAGUGCUUUGUCUUGUUAAGUGUUAAUGCACAAUUCUUUGUUCUUUAAUCCUGGUGCUGUCUAACAUUGCUGUGUUAAAAGUUUAAAAAAAAAAAAGUUCCAACUAACGCUAACAAAUAAAGAAAAACAAUUAGCAGUAUUCCUUUUGAACAAUUUGCCUUAUUAGUUAGAUCAUAUCAAAUUAGAAUUAUGAACAAAACUGAGUUACUUAAAAAUAUAUCUGUAAAAAAAUAGUCUAGCACAGAAGCACUUUUGAAUUGUAAAAUGUGCUUUUGCUUAUUGAUUGUAGUUGUGUAUAUGUUCAAUAAAUGUCUUGUACAUGUUCAA